UGCGUGUCCUGUCGGGUUGAAUGGAAGUGUCAGAGAUUUUUUUGCGGAGUGAGUGUGACUGUGAGAAAUAGUUGUAUUUUUGCACUUUUCCCGGGAUUUUAGAUAGUUUGCUGGACAAUAUCCCCAAGGAUAAGUUAACACGGUGCGUGAUAAGUGUGUUUGGUGUGUGCUGAAAGGGAGAAAUUGUGCAGAAUUUUGUGUAGACUGACGCGCUCGUGCAUAACCUCACAUUUGUAUUGAUUCACUUUUGCCUCCCCAAACACUCAAUUUUUGUAUAAAAAAAUUACAAAAUACCUUCCUAAAAAGCAACGCCCAUAGUUAUAAAGUAGCAAUAGAUAUGUCUAUUGAGUUUCUGCAAGUGAGUGAGGAAGAGGGCGAGGAGCCCAUUGAGUUGCCGGUGGAGGAGGAUGGGACGCUUCUUCUGUCAACACUUCAGGCCCAAUUUCCCGGUACAUGUGGCCUCAAGUACCGCAAUCCAGAUUCACGCGCUAUUCGUGGGGUGCGCCUCAAUGAGGGUCGUCUCCAUCCGCCCAUUCCGGAAAGCGGAUGGGGUAGCCAGGUGUACUUCUGUGUCUUCCCCAAAGGUGCCGUAACGUCCAUUGUAGAGAAUAAGAGGAAGAGUGAUGAUCAUCUGGAGAAUUCAACGGCUAAGACAAAGCGCAUGGAAACGCGUUUACGAUGCACUGACUUAAUUGUCCUCGGGUUACCAUGGAAGACCACUGAACAAAGUCUCAGGGAGUACUUUGAGACAUUUGGUGAGGUGCUAAUGGCUCAGGUGAAGAAAGACAUUAAAUCGGGACAGUCCAAGGGCUUUGGUUUUAUACGUUUUGGCUCCUACGAAGCACAGAUGCGAGUUCUGGCCCAGCGACAUCUCAUUGAUAAUCGCUGGUGCGAAGUUAAGGUACCCAAUUCCAAGGAGGGUAUGGUGCAGCAGGUUCCCUGCAAAGUGUUUGUCGGACGAUGCUCUGAGGAUCUCACAGCGGAUGAUUUGAGGGAUUAUUUCUCGAAAUUUGGAGAAGUGACUGAUGUCUUUAUCCCAAAGCCUUUCCGUGCGUUUAGCUUUGUCACCUUCCUGGAUCCCGAAGUGGCUCAGUCGCUAUGUGGUGAGGAUCACAUUAUAAAGGGUGUAUCGGUGCGGGUGUCCAAUGCAGCACCAAAGUCUGAACAGAAUCGCAAUCCCAAUUACACCUCUGGACCACCGUCGCAUCAUCAACGCGGCUCUGUACCCCCAGAUCCAAGAAAUCCCAUCAAUAGACAGGAGAACAUCUCCUAUCCACAGAGUCGGGGCUACAUGCCAAAUCCCCCGAUUCAGCAUAAUAAUGGUUGGAAUAAUCAGAAUCGUGGGAAUUUGGAUAUGCCCAAUCUUCAAGCACUUGGAAUUAAUCCACAGGGACAGAAUCCAUCAAAUCAAGGUCAAAAUUUAAAUAAUCCUCUUGGGGUUGGAUUAAACAUCAAUGCACUUCCGAUGAAUCCGGCCCUCGUCGCCGCCGCCCUCAAUCAAUGGAGUCUCAUUGGGAAUCUACAAAAUCAGAAUCAGGAGCAGGGCUUUGGUGGCUCAGGUGGCCCCAAUGCUCAGCCGGGAUCAUCACAAGGAGGGAACUUCCUUUCGUGGAUGUCCCAAGGAGGUGGCGGUGGCGGCGGAGACGGCCAACAGGUAAAUAAUCAAUUUCAGGGUGGAAAUCAACCCUGGUCGAGACAACAAGGAGGUUCCGGACAACCAGGUCCAGAACACAAGCAGAAUUUUCUGUAAAGUAGCUUCUCCUCUCUCAAGAAUGUGGGUGCACUGAUAAAAGAAAAAUUUAGUGCGAGUGAAAGUAAAGCGUCUUUAAAUAGUGUUUAGAAAAGAAAGAAGAAAAACGAAUGAUGGUUAGGUCAUAUGUUCAACAGCCCUUUUAACAUUUUUGCAAUGACUUUUCCCAUGCCCUAUUUUUUGUCUUUUUUUUUCUUCUAGGAUAGAAGGAAGUUUGUUUUUUUCUUUGGACAUAAUAGUGGCUUUUAUUGUGGCAUAGGAAGAGAAAGAAUAUAAUUGAGAAGUGAAAUAUAAUGUUGUUGAUAAUAGUGAGAAAGGAAGAAAGUUGGAGAGAAAGAGAGAGAGAGAGAGCACGAAAGAGCGAAAGAGAAACACACAGAAGUUCUAAAAAAAUUAUUUUGAGGAUAAAAAAAAGAAGGAGAAAGAACAAAAUAAUUUGUGAAAGUGAUUAUUGUGUCUCACGAUCAAUUAAUCUUUCUGUUGAUUUUUUUUGCGUUAUCAGACAUUUCUGAAAGAGAAGAAUUUGUGUGUUUUCUAAGGCGUAUCUGUUUUUCUUUUCUUAUUUAGGGUGGUGGGUGGCGAAUGAGAAAAUGAUCAUUUUCUUUUAUUGAGGGUAAAAAAAAGAAACAAAUAAGAGAGAAAAAGCAAUGGUGUCGAAAGAGAACAGAGCAUCUUUGUACAUUUUAUCAUUCACUAAUCAACAAUGAGUGUGGUAGAUGAUUUUGUAUUUUUUUUCAUAUUAGUUCUUUUUCUUCUGAUUAAGUUUUAUUUAAUUAAAAAAAAAUAAUAUUAGUAUUCUUUUUGGGAGAGUUGCUACUACAUGAGUUACUUGUUUGCAAGUGUUGUGAGUUCUAUAAUUUGAUGAUUGUAUUAUCCAUAUACAAAAUUGAGUAAAAUAAUGAAAAAAAAAUAAUAAUUUAUAAAAGUUUAUUUGAUUUCAUUUGAGAAAGAUUGAUUAGAGAGAGAGAGAGAGCGAGUAAAAUUGAGAGUUUAAUAAUGAUGACGCAAUUUUAUAUAAAUUGAUAAGAUUAUAUACAACAACAAAAUACUAAUUGAUAGAGAUUAAGAAAAAUUUGUAGAGAAUCUUUUUCCAUUCAGUGUAAAAGAUUAACUAUUUUAUUUGUAUUGGGGAAGAACUGAAAGAUUUUUUUUUUGGGUGAGAAAUGAUUUUUUUUGUUUUUGAGGGAAAAUUGUGUAAAAGAAUUUUUAUUUCUUUCAUUCAUUUGUGAGGUGACUAUGUAUAAUGUAUCACUUUGAGGAAAAGAGAAACAAAGAAAAAAAUUUUUAAUAAUAAUAAAAUAUUAUUACAACAGAACAAGAGAAGUUGUAUGAGAAUAUUGUUAGAUGUAUGAAUGAAUAAUUCUGUUGUAAUAAUAUGAUAGAAAUGAUGAUAAAAAAAACUACAAAUUUUAAUCAUAAUUACAAUAAAAUAUUCUUGAUGUCUGCACAUGAAA